AUGACCCUCAUGGCCGUGGCAGCGGAUUCUGUUCAGCCUGACGCCCAGAUUUCCUCGGGAGCCAUGGCGGACCAGGACCCCGGCAUCAACCGUCGGGGCAGCAUGAAGCGUCGCCAGUUCGGUAUUUAUGCUUCGAGGCGGCCCCAUCCGAAACCUAUCCCAACUUCCGACGUUCCAGGGCGUCCCGAAUCCGACUUUCCAGCAGCCCACUCCCAACCCUUGCCCACGUCCCCUCUGCGCUGGGACUCGUUGGCCAACAACUCGAGCCAUUUUGUAAUGCAACAAAACUCGGCCAACUCCCACGUGCAACCGAUCUCUCCUCGACGUACUCCCUAUGAUUCCGGCCGACACUACCCCUCCUCACCUACGUUCCGCUCGCUGGCUCCGAGUCCUAGCCAUGACCCUGAAGACGACUUGAGUGCAGACGAAUGGACCAGUAGAGCCGUUGCUCGCUCGAUAAAACCCCCGUUUCCUCACGACGACGACCGCCCUUCCUCGAUGGACACCAUGCAGGUCGACAAUUUCUCCCGUCCGAGAGGGCCUAGCAUCAAGCAGCCCCUCCAAGACUCCUACCGCUCACGAGCCAAUCAGUCUCCUUCAGAACCGCGCUCUGACCCCAACUCGCAUCAAUAUGCCUGGCCGCGGCCACGAGGUCACUCCGGAUCUUCUGCAAAGUCGGCCUCGACGUUUGCAUCACUUCCGGCCGCAGGGGGCGAGUACUACGAACCCCGAGCACCGUCUCGUUUGCGAAGUGCACCGCCUCCGUCAGGCCUUGCCCGCCCCCCAUUGGCGUACGACCGUGUCGACAGCGCGAGUUCCGGCUUGUCAGCAUACACGCGCGAGGCGCCGUGGAUGAGUGGAGAAGACGAGAUGAGGUCGAGUUACCGAUCUCAAAUGACUGCGUCGAGUGCACAGGGAACGUACGUGACGGAAAGAAGCAGUGUUCUCACCAAGAACAGCUCAAUUCCAUCGCUGUACGCUAACGGGGAGGAGCUUAGUGUCGAAGAUGUCAUGGGUAUGUACGAGAAGGGCUUCCGAGACGACUCGAGCCCCGAAGACAACGACGACGUUCGUCCGGUCCCGGCCGCCGAGAUCACCAAGCGGAACACCAGAAUGCUGGAGGCACUGAGCGAACCACGACCAGCCCACGCCGACUCUUUAGCCGUCCCGAAUCCCAGCACGAUUGUUCGAGAUACGACGGACAUGUUCAAAGUUCCUGGGUACCCGGCCUCUGUCCCAACAGAGGUUAGCUUGCCCGAUGACGAUCAGAAGGAGGAUGAGAAGGAUAUGAAGGGCGAGAAAGAUGAGGACGACAAGCGGGACUCUGCCAAAUCGCUUCAAAAUGAUGCACCGGCAGUAUCCCCGCACAUGGACAGCCCCUCGGCCUCCUCUACACAGACGGCAGUGGAGCCCGAGCCAGUUGAAAUCGAAGAACCGGGAACGCGAGACCGGUAUGGUUUCAAAAAGGCCAACCAGUAUAUCACCAGACAGCAGUACGACGCCUGGGACAAAGGCUACUCAGAAUACCUCGAGAGGCGGCGGAAGAAGUGGACAGCCUUCUUGCGAGAGAAUGAGCUCAUGACCAAUCGCCCUGAACGAUUUCCUCCCCAUAGUGCAAAGGCCAAGCGGUUCGUUCGCAAAGGCAUCCCCCCUGAGUGGAGAGGAGCGGCCUGGUUCUACUAUGCAGGGGGCCCUGCCAUCUUGGCAAAGCACGCGGGCCUCUAUGACACAUUAGUGCAAAAGAAGGCCAAAGACGUUGAUGUCGAGGCCAUCGAACGGGACCUUCACAGGACGUUUCCUGAUAAUGUAAAGUUCAAGCCGGCAAACAUGGCAUCGAAACCCAACACGGAGCCUACGCGCGAGGGCCAGUCAACGCAGGACGAGAAGGACGAGCCUGAAAUUAUCUCGUCUCUCAGGCGAGUGCUACAUGCCUUCUCCAUUUACAACCCCCGCAUCGGCUACUGUCAGAGUCUCAACUUCUUGGCCGGUCUGCUGCUUCUGUUCAUGGACUCGGAAGAAAAAGCUUUCUGGCUUCUGAAUGUCAUCACUCGUGUGUACCUGCCCGGCACGCACGAUAUGAGCCUCGAAGGUUCCAAGGUGGAUCUCGGCGUCUUGAUGAACGCCAUCAGAGAGUCCAUGCCUGCCGUUUGGGCCAAGAUUGGUGACGACAUGGAAGCUGACCCGAACGCGGCACGGCCGGCAAAGCCCAUAAAGAAGCCAAGAUCGAAGAGAAAAAACCAGCCGAGCAUUUCGUCUAACCGACUUCCUCCCAUCACGCUCUGCAUGACGGCCUGGUUUAUGAGCUGCUUCAUCGGCACUCUGCCAAUCGAGAGUACGCUUCGCGUUUGGGACGUAAUCUUUUAUGAAGGGUCCAAGACGCUAUUCCGCAUUGCCCUGGCCAUCUUCAAACUAGGCGAAGCCGAGGUCCGAUCCAUCUCAGACCCCAUGGAGAUGUUUUCUGUUAUCCAAGCAAUGCCUCGUCGCCUGUUGGACGCGAACGCCCUCAUGGAAGCCUGCUUCAAGCGUCGUAACGGAUUCGGCCACAUUAGCCAGGUUACGAUUGACACGGAACGGGAGGAGAGGCGGUUCAAGGUCCAGACGGAACAUCAACGGGCGGCCACGUACACUAGCGGUGCGACGUCCAAUGGCAACGCUACUGAAGGCGAAGGAGAGUUCCGGAGAAAAGGCACCCUCUUUGGACGCAGGAAGUCGGGUAGACCAGCGGAGGUGAUGUGA